GUGCAUUGCAUUAUGCUAUGAUUAAAUUUGUAGUAAACAUCCUUUUGUUUCUAAAUUUUCAACCAGAUAGGUUAUAAAAUUCUUUGUAAAGAAAACUUUAUUAAAUUUGUAAUAAUAUCAAGAAUUUGGGAAAAUUAUUGUUUCUAAAACUUUAAAAUUGAUCAAUCCAAUCAAUUAGGACAGAAUUUAUCUCACAAUACUUAUCGACGGUGUGUUUUUUGUCAUAGCGUCAACUAAUUUGUGAAAGUGUGCUGCAAAAUAUCAUCGUACAUAGGUACAGUACAAUAUUAUUAUUUUAAACUUAAUUUACUAUCGAUAACAAUAUUUUAUGGAAAUUCAUCAUAAUGGAUGUGUUAGAUGCAGAGGACGAAAUGAUCCCCAUAGAUGCUUUGAAAUUUUCAAACUUCAGCUACGAAGCUCCACCUACUAAAUCAUCCACAGACAAAAAAGAAUACGCUGUCAUAAAACUGAACAAUGGGUUAACAGCUUUACUUAUUUCGGAUCAAAGUGAUUUGGGCGGGGCGUCCCAGGAUUAUGAUGGCGACGAAGAGGUUGAUGAUGAUGAUGAUGAUAAUUCAGAAGACGAAGAGACUGAAUUCAAUUAUGACGCUGAAGACGAAGAGAGUGAAAGUUUCAAUGAAUCGUACAAUGAUACAGAAAGUAUCAGUCAUAGUGAAUCUAGUAUAGGGGUAUCAGUGCUGGAGGAUGACUCCAGUUAUGAAAAUGAAAAACUGGGAAUGUCGGCGUGUGCAGUUUGUGUCGAUGUUGGCAGCUUCAACGACCCAGAAGACAUGCCAGGGUUGGCACACCUGUUAGAGCAUGUGAUUGGCGCCGGGAGUCGCAUUCACCCUGCCGAAGAAAAAUUCGGAUCAUUGGUCCACGAGUUAGGUGGCUCGUUCUUUUCAGCUACAAGAUGCGAAUGUGCAACAUAUUAUUUCGAUUGUCUCAAAGACAACAUACAAUUCUUCCUGGACAGAUUUUCCAAACACCUAAUCUCCCCCGUUCUCGACCACGAUACUAUCGAAGAAGAGAUCGAAAAUAUAAAAUACGAGUUUCAAAGCAGUGUUUGGAGCAACAACCACGUUAACAGAAAGCUUAUUAUGUGUAGCACUGCCAAUAAAACUAACCCUGCACAUAAGAUAGUAAACGGUAAUAAAAUAAUAAACCAGAAUAUAUCUCGAGAAAGUCUCCUUCGACAAUUAUGUGAAUUUUGGAAAAAGAACUACUCAGCACAUCGUAUUACACUAGCCAUCCAAUCUAAGCACGCCCUAAAAACUCUUGAAAUGUGGGUGGAAAAGUAUUUUUUUGACAUACCUUGUAACAACCUACCAGCUGAAGUAUUUCCUCCUUGUGAGACUCCCUUCAACACAGAAGAGUUUUGUAAGUUGUACACAGUUGAACCAUUUGAAGACGAACACCUGUUACAAAUAAGUUGGGUACUACCAUCAGUUGUAAAACUGUACAAAUCAAAACCAUUGCACUAUAUUCGUUGGUUAGUUGUCCAAGAAUGUUCAGGAUCCUUGUUGGCUUUUUUGAGAAUGAAAAACUGGGCAUCCAAAGUAACUUGUAACGAUCCUCGUAGCACAGUCGACUUCAAUUCGAUCUACAGUAUAUUUUCCAUCAAAAUAACUCUCACCCACACUGGAGUUGAUCAUUUGGAAGACGCAUGUCGCGUUAUUUUCACUUACAUUAAAUUCCUCCGUGAAUCAAUCCCGGUAUCAUGGAUUUUCAACGAAAUAAAAACUGUGGCAGAUAUACUUUUCACACACUCAACUGAAACUUGGCCGCUGUUGAAUGUGAAAAAUUUGGCUGAAAAUAUGCGUCUAUAUCCUUCCACUGACUAUUUACAAGGCGAACAUAUAUUUUCCGAAUACGACUCUGAUCUUAUUUCACAGUUACUUGAUUUGAUGAAACCCAACAAGGCUAACAUAAUGAUCACAUCUUUGAAUAAAUCUGAAAAUGUUCCACUAGACAACGUCGAAUCGUUGCUCGGUAAGAAGUACCAUAAAAGUGAUUAUAAUCCCGAGUUUGAAAUAGAGGAUCACACAGCAAAAGCAUACUUUUGUUUGCCCAAUGCAAAUCCGUUUAUUGCCAACAAUUUUAGUAUUUUGGAUGCCCUUGAAGAUGAGAGUUUUCCAGAAGUAAUUAGUAAGAGCGGUAGGCUUGAAACUUGGUACAAGCUGGAGACAAAGUUUCAAAGGCCAGAAUCUUGCUUGAUAAUUAAAUUCGCUUCUCCUGAAGCUAGUAAGUCCGCAAGGAAUUUUGUAAUGCUUGAAAUAUUGACACUGGCACUAAAUAGGGUUGUGAGACAAGAAAUCUACGCAGCGUUAACAUGUGGGUAUGAUUAUUCAUUAAGCUUCGACGAAAAUGGGUUUGAAAUAUUUUUAUACGGAUUCAAUGAUAAAUUAAUAUUGUUAUUGGAAUCUGUACUGGAAUGUGUUAAAAAAUCUGGAAGUAUAUCUGAUUUGAUAUCGGAUGAAGAAUUUGAGGAAUUUUUUGAAAGCGCUAUCUCCAAAACUGAUUUGGAAAACAAACCGUUUAAAUUAUGUUAUCAAAUGAUUCAAAAAGUUAUUUUUACCCUAGUUGGAGCUAUUUUGAUAAGUUAUCCGUAGACAAGACAGACGAACCGUUGACAAGAAGUCACUUGGAUUCAUUUGCAAAAACGUUCUUGCAGACAAGUACUUUGAAGUGUUUUAUUAAUGGGAAUAUAUCUAAAGAGCAAGCAAUGCUUAUGGUAAAUGCCAUGGCAAUUUUCAAUGAAUCACCUGCAGAGAAUUUCGAGCAGAAAUUACCAAUUCGUGUAAGUAACCUGUUACAAGGUGAAUUAUGUUGUAAGGUUCAAUCCUUUGAUAAAUCUAACCCUCAUAACUAUCUCAUCAAUUACUAUCAAUAUGGAAUAUGUGACAUAAAAGAGCAAUGUGAAUUACGGUUGAUUGUAUAUUUAUUCAAGGGGUAUCUAUUUAGAGAGCAAUCUAAAGAACAAAUAACUUGUAAUGUGUUUGCUUGUUCCCAUGAAAAGGGCAAAAAAAUCAUGGGUCUAAUGUUUGCUUUGAAAUCAAAAGAAGAUUUGAACAUUAUUGAUGUAAAUUUAACAGAAUUUUUAUUAACCUUUUCUCGUGAUCUAGACCACCUACCAAUAAGCACUUUCAAAGCAUUAAAAACCGCGUUCACAAAAACUAUUCAACCUGAGACAAUUGAUUUAGUUGGAGAAUCAAAAAUACUUUGGAAUGAGAUAACUAGCCAAGUUCCGGUAUUUGAUCGACGAGAGAAAGAAAUUGAAGAGGCCGACAAAAUAAAUUUUCAAGAAAUUCGUGAAACGUUUAGAAAAAUAAUUGAUAGCAAAUCUAGUCGGAAACUGAGUGUAAUAGUUGAAUCUUCAAAGAAAGAUAGUAUAUUAACACCUAGUCUGGAAUGUAGCGGAAGACCGAAACUAUUAUUUAUAGAUUCUAAAACAAAUGAAAAGAAAUCCAUAAAAAACAUGGAACUAUUAAAAAGUACACUAAGUUUUUACUCAGUGAAUGAUUCAAACAAUGUUGAUGUCAGUAAAAUGUAAUGUAAAUGUGUUAAUACACAAAUUUUCAUCCAACUU